CAGUACAAUUUAUUCAAUUGUUAUAAUUAUGAUUUGGUUGAUUUGGAAGAAUGGACCGAUUAACGUACCGUUAUUUACUACUGCGGAAAGAGAGUGGGAAACCUGUCGCCACUAUAUUGACCAAGAAGUGCUGAAAAGAGACAAAACUCAUUGCCCAAGUUGUGGGAAAGAACCUUUAGUCAGAUCUUCUGACGCUAUCGUAAAAUUGAGGCGCUUAAGCUCGGCUGGAAAAGUGCACAAUCCAGAAAACGAAAGAACAAUGGAACAGCCACAGGCGAGGUUUGGAAACUUUGUUAUCAAAUCCGAUACAGAAGUUGAAAAUUUCCGUCAAAGGAUUUACAACAAAGUUUCUACUGUACGCAAUUACAUUUCAUUUGAAACUACUAGAUUUGACAUGCUGGACUACGAUAUGAUUAAUCAUAAUUUAAAGUAUUUUUAAUUCCCAUAUCUUAUUUUGUAGACAAAAAAGAAACAGAUGUGUGGGGGAUCGGCUUUUAAGGCCGCAAGAGAAGACUCCAAUGAACAAAAGAAGUAUGACGAGACUGGGCUCGUCGUUAGCUCUUGCAAGCACUGCGUUGUACCAUACGCAAUCAACAUGUUUAAAGGUGAAUCGUGGACCCAUACUGCAUUUAUGCACAACGAAGCCAUGAAAAGUAACGCCAAAUUCUUCUGCUACGACGUGGUAUGCCAAUACUGGAAAUGGAUGAAAACAAAAGUGGCUCGUCAUUUUCCUGAAUACCGUAAUCUAACAAGUGAAAUGACAGGAAUCUUGCCUAUCAUGCAUAAGAAUGCACAUCAAUUGCCAUGCAAGAUUUUAUGGAAUCCCCGCUGGACAACUGGAAUGGGCUUAACUGGAGGAGAAGAGCACGAGCAAGUUUUCUCCAAAUUGUAUCUAUAUGCUUAUGUGCUAAAGCAUAUGGCCAAACAUAACAGAAACGAUUUUUUAACAUUAGCUAUUCUUUAUUGGAACUGGGGUAAAAUUGAAAAUAUGCAUUUCCUUCUACGCAAAAAGCUAGAAAAAGCAAGAAAGGAAAUCAAACAAGGCACUCCAAAACUCGAGAAAUUGUUGGAAACCCAUAACCUCGUAUAUAAUGAUCUUCCACUGAUUCACAAGGAGCUGGAGACAAAAGCUAAGGCAACUCUUGACCAAAGAAAAACCAAAAAGACUACAGUUGAUACACUGAGAAGAAUGCUGGAGGGCUUACAUGCUCAUUUAAAGACUACUUCCAUUUCUAUCUCUAAAGAAGCAGAAAAUUCGAGGAGUCGCACUAAAUUAAGGCGGGUUUUGACGGAAACUAAACGAAAGGCUUUGGAAACGAUUGAAUUAAUUAAUUCUAAGGAUACAACGCUUCCAAUUUCUUACGAGGAUUUCAAUGAAGGUGUCUUUCCUUGGGAAACAGUUCUGGAUCGGGAUGACACGCACUUUCCCACACUUUCCCUUGCCGACAAAUAUAAUAUUGUUGAUUGUUGGAUGCUAUUGAAAAGAGCAAGGGAGGAAAUUACAUUGAGUAAGAAUGAAAUGAUAAACUACAUGCGAUUCCUCAUUGAUAAACGGUCAUCACUACAACAACCAAGUCAAAAACAUACCGGAGAAGACGAGAAAUUUGCGAAAGGGAAAUCCGUCAUGAAAGUUUCUGAAGUUCAUCAUCUUAAUUUAAAAAUUCAAAUGGCUCUAACAACAUUUAAUUUAAAGUGCAACCAGGAUUUUUCAGAUUUCGUAUGUGAAACACAAACAAAUCAUUCUGAACCAGAAUUUGAGUUUGACACAUCUGAUGAAGACAAUUACGAUUCUCUCUCAGAAUCCGAAUAUUCUGAUGAAGAAACAGAAAGCUCAUCUAGCUAUUCGGAAGAUGAUGAAUCUGCAAUAUAAUUUAGAAUACAAAUUGCAUAAUUCUUACUAAAAGUUAUGAAAAAUAAAUGUUUGACUCUUUUAAAGCAAUAUUGUAUUUAAUAAAAGUAAGAGAACCUUUUCUCUGAUCCGUCCCGUUGCAAAAUUAAAAUAAUAACUAAUUGU